AUGCCACCUAUACCAGAUUCAAUAACAAGACCAGUAGACUUAACCACCAAGGAUGACCAAUCAACCACUAAUGAUAGAAUCACCAGUUCAGAAGUAAGUACAUCUACAAGGGAUGAAUCUCAGCAAGACGUAAAUUCAAAAUCAACGCAACCUCCAGUUACUAAAACACAGCAAACACAGGAACUCAAUGAACAGCCAGUUGCACAGGAAGUAGCGAAAGGUGAGGAGUUCCAGAGUGCUGUAAAGGUCAAGGUCUGCCAAAAGCCACAGUUACACUUUCGGGAAGCUUUGGAGCAAAUGCCGAGCUAUAUGAAAUUGCUCAAGGAUAUACUUGCUAACAAAAGGAAGAUCGGGGAAAAUGAAACAGUUGCAUUAACAUAUGAGUGCAGUGCGCUGUUUCAAUACAACAUCCCCACCAAAAUGAAAGAUCCUGGGAGUUUCACAUUGCCCUGCUCAAUAGGGGGAAAGAAUGUCAGAAAUGCGCUAUGUGAUUUGGGGGCGAGUAUAAACCUAAUUCCCUUGUCGAUCUUCAAGAAGUUAAAUAUCGACAAUGCAAGACCAACCACAAUUACAUACAAUUAUGAAGCUGACAAAGAGGUGUUUAUCAUCUUAGGUCGCCCAUUUCUUGCAACAGGGCGGGCACCGAUCGAUGUACAGAAAAGAGAACUUACCAUCAGGGUUGACGAUCAGCAAGUGAAGUUCAACGUUCUCAAUGCGUUGAAAUACCCAAGUGAUAUGGAAAAUUGUCAAUAUGUUGAGGAAUUUCAGGAAGAACGUUGA